GAUUUGUUUUCUCAGCAGCGAGCGCUUACUUCCUCCUAUGAGUCGUGACGUGAGCAUGACACGCAGCCGUUGGCUUGUCACACUGACAGAGCCGCUCGCAGAGCAGAGCAGAGCUCCGACCGGCCGCUCUCUGAAUGGGUUGCAGCAAGUCUGAGCGCAGGGAGCAAACAUGUUCUGAGCAGAGAAUGAGGAAUUCCUUCAUCGUCACACAAAGUUUUACAGUUAAUGGGUCAGAACAACAGAGUUUUGGUCUGACCCAUUAACUUGAAUAUUGUGACUCCACACCUUCGACUACUGAGGUUUUGCCUGUGGGUCGGGUCCAGGCAGCUGUUGUAGUAACAUCAGGUCCGCUGCUUGGUGCUCAGUGCCACGGCGGCUGUCGCCGUGGAGACGGUGCUGAGCACGCAUAAGGAGGCGGCGAGGGUUCCCCCCUCAGAGUCCGGAGACACCCGAGGACAGAGACAGUGCAGAGAUGGACCAGCAGCAGCAGCACGCCAAGGUGGAGCGCUUUCUCAAGUUGGGCUACUCUCAUCAUGACAUCAUGCGGGUGCUGGAGAGCCUCAGGCAGGACGCGCAGACCAACGACAUCCUGGAGGAGCUGAUAAAGACCUGCCACACUCACAACAGCCCCAAGCUGGUGCCCAGAGGCUGCAGCCCCGGCGCCAGCCAGGCCCGACCCAGAGCUGACAGGGAGCCGGCUGCUGGCUUCAGACCUGUGGUUAUAGAUGGAAGCAACGUGGCCAUGAGCCAUGGCGAAAAGAAGGUGUUCUCGUGCCAGGGCCUCCGUCUGGCCGUCAGCUGGUUCCUGGACAGAGGGCUGAACGACAUCACCGUGUUCGUUCCCCUGUGGCGGAAGGAGCAGUCACGGCCCGAGGCGCCCAUCACAGAUCAACACAUUCUGGACGAGCUGGAGACCAGGAGGAUCCUGGUGUACACGCCGUCCCGCUGCGUCAAUGGGAAGAGGGUGGUGUGCUACGACGACCGCUACAUCAUCAGGCUGGCCUUUGACAAUGACGGCAUCAUCGUGUCCAACGACAACUACCGCGACCUGCAGACGGAGAACCCCCAGUGGAAGAGGUUCAUCGAGGAGAGGCUGCUGAUGUACACCUUCGCCAACGACAAGUUCAUGCCUCCAGACGAUCCUCUGGGCAGAAACGGUCCCACCAUCGAUGACUUUCUGAGGAAGAAGCCGUGGAUGCCAGACACCAAGCAGCAGCACUGUCCAUACGGAAAAAAGUGCACCUACGGCGUGAAGUGCAAGUUCUACCACCCGGAGAGGGCGAACCAGUCCCAGCUCCCUGUGGCCGAUGAGCUGAGGGCACAGAGGGACAGGGCCAGGAACUACUCCCCCAAGCCAGGCCUGCAGCCGGAGCACAGGUACGCAGCCCCCACCACUCCGCCACCCAGCGAGCAGUUCAUCUACCAGAGGGACUGCAGCAGCCCCAGAAGCCUCCAGCGCUGCCCCAGCUCCGACGUGGACGAGGCCUUCAGCUCCAUGGACAGCUCCAUGUCCAGGCUGCACGUCCAGGACGCGCCCUACAGCCUGGAGCGCCUGCACCACAGCUACAGCAGCGGCGUGCCCAGCUGCAGCCUCAGCCACGACGGCUCGUAUAACGGACACAACUGCCCCUGCGGGGGCUACGCCCCCCAAGCGGCGCCGAGCAGGCUGUCCUUACACCACUACCCGCCCGCGUGGAGCUCCUGCCCGGCUCCGGCGCUGCCCAGUGGGCAGUGUUCCGGUCAGUGCCUCCGGCAGAGCCACAGCCUGUCCAGGAGCCCCCGCGUGAGCCCAUGCAACGAGCAGAGGACGGGCCUGAAGCACCAGCUCAGCACGCUCUUCCCUCAGAGCGCCGUGGAGAGAGUGAUGAAUGACUACCCACACGUCUCAGACAUAUCCAAACUCAUCACUCUGAUCCAGAGCUACAGGACGAGCCACAUCUCCUACUGAAGCCAACCGCAAUGACCAGCCUUUAUCCGAAGCAUUAAGACAUUUGGAACAUGAAGCUGUUUAUUUACCACAGCGUAAAAGUGCAAUGCACUGAGUCCUAUACGCUACUUACUGUAGCAGCGCAUACAUUUGACUAAAGCAGCAUGUGUUGUUUUCAUGUUGCCUCAAAGUGAGGAAAGCUAUACUAUAUAUAAGAAAUGUGAAUUUAGUUUUUAUGCUGUGACUUUCAAAAUAAAAGCACUAACAACA